GUUUUGAGCAGAAGCGGGACGAUAGAAUGCGGAACUAUUCAGAACCACGGUGGAGGACGAAGUAGUUUCUCGUGCGCUUUUUCCUGGCGUUUACCACUGGUUGCGCUUAACACAAAGGUCGCGCUUGACUGUGCACACGUGAGCAAACGUCCAUGGCUUUCGACAAUGACCAAUUUGCUGUUGUGUCCUUCCCCGAUGAAAAAGACAGCCUUGCCAUUGUGCAUAAAUCGUGGUUAAAUGGCAAUCAAGAUAGGACUCUUUGGCCAUGUGAGAAGAACCCGAGUAAGCGUUGUCGGAUGACAGUGGAAGGUGCGAAGCCGGCAGAGAGCUGGAUUGAAGUACGGUGCCUGGUUAGGUGCUGGGCUGACACGUACAAGAAAGCUCAGGAGGACCUUGAGGCCUUGCAGUAUAGCUCCGACGUGAACAAUGAACGUGAGCUUGGACGAGGAAAACGACAGCGACGGCCCGUACUUCCUUCAGACUACGAUGAUGAGGCACCCGGUAGUAGUGACAGUGUUACGGAUGAUGAAUAUUUACCACCCAAGCCACCAACACCGCCCCAGCGUCAAGUUAAGGCAGCCAAGCACAGUGUGAGCUCAUCAAAGCAGCAACACCGGCGACCACGCUACAAGGAUGCACCAGGUCUGACACCCGUGCACACACCUUUGGUGCGAACAAAUCCACAACCAAGGUCGCAGUACACAGGGUCUCAAAACAACAGUGCUCCAAAACCAGCUUCAGAGUCCCGAAAUACAUGGAUGCAGUACCAUGGUGAGAUGCCAGCUCCUGUGCACACGCCUGUGCUUGAAGACCAGAGAGUUCGCCAUUCCAGUGUCCACUCCGGUGCACAAUUUUGCCCUGCACCAACAGCGCCUCCUCAGCCAAACAGAUCGCAGCCAGAUCCACAAUUUCUUGGUGACACACCAGUUCGUGCGCACACGCCUGUACUUGAAGACCAGAGAGUUCGCCAUUCCAGUGUCCACUCCGGUGCACAAUUUUGCCCUGCACCAACAGCGCCUCCUCAGCCAAACAGAUCGCAGCCAGAUCCAGAAUUUCUUGCGUUCAUGGAAAAAAUUUUGUUUGCACUAAACGCCAUAAAGCUGACUCAGCAGACGCACACGCAGUGCUUCAGUGAACUAAUCAAGAAAGUGGACGAUGCACCUUUGCACUCAACGGACAUUCCUGACUUGCCAUUUUCAACUGUAGAGGACUUGUUGAGAUAUGAUGAAGAGCUUGGAGCCAAAAGUGAAGCAAGGGUUGCAAUGAAAAAGCACAUGGCCAUACAAGGAGGUGAAAGCACGCAGCAAAAAACGUACCGCAUCCUCAAGAGCAUGCUCUCUUGGAAAGUUGCCGUACAGUUCAGCUGGUUUGGAGCUAAAGGGAAGAAGAAGUUCAGUGACCUGAACAUCUGCCAGCUGAUGUGUAGUAAGUUAUAUUUCGUUAUAGAAGGCUGCCUUACAUUCCUUUUUUUAUUUCUCAUUGUUCAUUUUUAAUGUUUCCUUGUGUAUAAUGUUCCUGAAUCACCUGAGGAUAUUUUAUAGAACCUGUGCACUCACCCGCACGCGAAAUGCUUGUGCUGAAUGCAAAGGCACAAUGUACAUAACCCACAAAGCACCUGUUACCAUUAGACAACUGGGUGCAGUAACAUUGUGCCUAUAUUUACUUGUAUGCUAUUUUAAGAACUAGCUUAUAUGUAAAAAAUAAAUGAUUACCAAGGGCAUCAUUAUUCAGGAAUUUGAGCAAGUGAGAGGCAGUAAUGGUUGUGAAAGUUUUUGCUUUUCAAUCUAAAGAUACCCUGCUAACCUUAACAAAACAAUACAUGUUUUUGAUGUGUGUGCAGGCAGCCUGACCAAUGACACGUCCUUCAGGGCCACCUUAAAAUACAUAGAAAAGGCUGGCAUGUCAUGGUUCCGCCAUGCUCCCGAGAGGGCGGCAGGAGAAAGGUCAACAGAGGCUGACUCAGCGUGAUAUGGUUAUUUAAAGUGACUAACAAUUAU